UUGGCAGAGAGCUGUUAUGGCAACAGCGUAAACCACUUUUGGUUUUUAAAAACAGAAGAGUUCAGUAACAAUUUUGCCGGUUGCUGUGUAAAACGGAUCGAUUAUUUAACUACACUGUGGCAAAUAAAUAAAAUUUAUAAAAAACAAAGUAGGAAAUAUAUUGGUACCAUUAAAACCAAAAUAAUCUAAAAUAAAAAAAUAAAAGAUAUGUGUACGUCUCGAAAUUAUUUAAAACUGUGCGCAGUGCUGUUUUUACUUCUGUCCACUUUGAGCUGCAGUGUUUGGGCGAUUUCAUGUGCAGGCUGCGUAGAUUUGGAUGAGGUCAACUUUGACAAAACAGUGCUACGCUUCCCGUACGCAUUAGUGAAGUUCGAUAUUGCCUUUCCCUAUGGUGAAAAGCAUGAAGCAUUCGCUGCAUUUUCGAAAACCGCCCACCAAGUCACCGAUGAGUUGCUUGUUGCCACAGUGGGCAUCAAGGAUUAUGGAGAAAUGGAAAACAAACUACUAGGCGACCGUUACAAAGUCGACGACAAAGCAUUUCCUGCCAUUUUUCUGUUCAAAGGCAGCUCAGAUAAAUACGUACAGUUUCCCACUUACCUGGAUGUGACUUUGGAUAAUCUGAAGAAAUUUGUAACAGAAAAUAGCGAGCUCUACAUAGGCCGCGAAGGCUGCUUAAAAGCUUACAAUUUGAUCAUUAAAAAUUAUGCAAAUUUAUCGAAUGAACUGCAGCUGGAGAAAAUCACAGAAGCUGAAGAAGCGUUGAAGUCAGUCACCAGGGAAAACGAAAAAAUCAACGCGAGAAAUUAUUUGCUGUUCAUGCGAAAAAUCAAUGAAAAAGGUUAUGAGUUCGUAGACGAGGAAACGAAGCGCUUGCAACGCCUCAGGGCCGGUAAAGUGGCAGAAGCCAAGAAAGUCGAACUAACACACAAGCUGAACGUGCUGGAGUCGUUCCGUGUAGCAAAACUAACCAAAGAAGCAACCAAACAGGAACUGUAGGUUUCUUUACCAAUUCGUAGUUAAAUUUAGUUUAGGUUUCAGAUGGCGGGGACACAGGAGCAAUAAAUUUCACAACUCAUUCAGAAAUGCUUUCGUGAGCAAAAAUCAAAAAUCAAAAAUCAAAAAUCAAAAAUCAAAAAUUUAUCUAAGCAAUUUUGUUGAUGUAAACUGUAUUUUAUAGCAAAGAUUUUGUAAUAUAUUUAACUAGUUUU